GGAAGUUAAUGGCGGUGAAUGAGGUGAGAGAGAUGAAGCAGAUCAUUUACAGUGAGGAGAGAGAAAGAAGAGAGAGAAAGCCAUGAAAGAGAGAAGAAGAAGGAAGAAGAAAGCCUGCCGCCGCGUAUUCAUUUCAAAAAGGUAAUCAAAACUCCUCUUUCUCUCUCUUAAUUCAUAGCCAUAGCCAUACGCUAUUUGAUUUCCACCGGAAAAGCUCCAUUUCUCUCUCUAUCUAUUGAUCUACAAAUUAGAAAUAAGGGUUUCCAACAACAUUCUUCGAUUCUUCGCUUACUAGCUACGAAUAUACGCAUCUACGCAUAUACUCCACCGUUUUCCCUCCCUUACCUAAACAGGGCGAUUCAGUUUUUUCUCAUAAUACCAAAAACCACCACCUCUAUUCUGGUUCACGAUUCAUCGAUUUCCCCUCUGAUUUUCACGUUUUUCGCUUCUUUUCCCUCUGAUUUUCAUUGGAUUUCCAGUUAAUUCCAUUUCCUUUUGUGGCUUCAUGGCGGAAUUUGAUCGAACUAUGCAAUUUUCGGAAAAACUCAAGUCCUCCUUCUUCAAUCGAUCCCAUACAUUGCAUUCAUCCUCCAUGGAUUCCCCUAUGAAACCCUAUUUUCGAUCCUCGCUCAAUCGGAUGGAUUCUGUCAAGAAAUAUUACAAUAGCCCUUUUGAAACCAUGAAAUCCGCCAGCAAUUCGAUUAAAGGGAAGGUCAAGCAAUUGUGUAAUAUAUUCGAGGGCGGUAAGUCUCCUCCUACGCCUGCCGAAGGAUCGCAUCAUCAAAUUCAAAGCAAGCUAAAAUCCGCCAAAUCGUUUGCAUCUGAUUUCCGGAUUCCUUCCAUUCGAUUACCUGGUACUGAGGAUAGAAUUGUUGUUUACUUAACCAGUUUACGAGGAAUUCGAAGGACGUAUGAGGAUUGCUAUGCCGUGAGGAUAAUUUUCCGAGGUUUUAGGGUUUGGGUGGAUGAGCGGGACAUUUCUAUGGAUUCUGCGUACAAGAAAGAGUUGCAGAGUGUUUUUGGCGAGAAGAAUGUGAGUUUGCCUCAAGUGUUUAUUAGGGGCAAGCAUGUGGGAGGAGCCGAGGUGAUCAAACAACUCUUUGAAGCUGGAGAAUUGAUGAAGAUUCUCGAGGGGUUCCCGAUUCAGGAACCUGGGUUCGUGUGUGAGGGUUGUGGGGAUGUAAGGUUUGUUCCUUGUAUGACCUGCAGUGGGAGCAAGAAGGUGUUUGAUGAAGAUGAACACGUCUUGAAGAGGUGCUUAGAUUGCAAUGAAAAUGGAUUAACUCGAUGUCCUGAAUGUGCUUCCUGAAUUAUACCUCGGAAGGAAUGAACGAGCGAACGAACGAACAAACCAACCGAUGUUCUUCGAAUGUAAGAUUUCCUUCCCGGAUUAUCUACGAGGUAACACUUACUCAUGUUUUUUAGGCUCGUCUUCAUGGGAGUGCUCGUUUUGAAUUACUUUCAUCUGUGUGACCUUCUCUUAGAUAGAUCAAAUUGUUCUUGUUCUUGUUCUUGUUUCAUAUGGUGAAAACGCCAUUGUUCAUGCUUUCUCAUCUGAAAAAGUUUACCAUUGAUACGUAAAGAGUAUGUUUUGGCUGAGAUGUUGAAGUAGUCUGCAGUUGCUUGCUUUCUAAUCUAUUCUGAGUGCAAACUCUGUAACUUUUUUUCUUAGAGGAUCGAAACUAAAAGCUCGGUUUGAAGCUGUUAUUAUGAA